CGCAAGAGUUCUUUAGUAAAGUCUGCAUUUGCCAAAACCCUGAUAAAGAAUAUAUUUACCUUUCCUUUCUGCAUUAUCCUUUUUCCUUUUAUUUCACUUUAAUUGCAUUCAUUUAUUCGUUUAUUACUUGUACUAAAUUCGACACAUUAUUGACUGAACAGCAUAAAAUGGGCUUUGUUGAAGAACUAAAAACGGGCAAUUUCAGUCUCUAUGGACAGUGGUGCGCACUCUUGUCGGGCGUGCUUCUCAUAGUCCUAGGCGUGGUAACCUUAAUUGCGCACCCCAUAUACUCGAUUCUGGCAAUUGUGUUCGGAGCAAUUUGCAUUCUCAUUGAAAUUCCAUUCUUGCUCAAACUGUGUCCGACAGGGCCUUCGUUUGACCGGGCCUUUGGCGGGCUCAAGAACCAUUGGUGGCGGUUUGUCGCUUACUUGGUCUUUGCCAUUAUUAUGUGGUCGUCGUUGGCCAAGGGCGGGGGUAUUCUGGCGAUUGGCGCGGUGACUGUGACGAUUGCUGCAGCUUGCUAUCUUGUGGCUGCUGUUAAGAAGCAGUCCAAGGUGACGAUAUCUAUGCUCGGCGGAUCUGGUGUGCAGAGCCACCAUGGGUUCGACACAACGAAUGCACUGCCCAUCUGAGCCCUGUUUUUGAAUAUGCCCUUUUCUUUUAUUUAUAUUCUUUUUUAUCUCUUUUUGUUUUGUCAAGUUUUCAUUAUAUAUAAUGCUUCUUGUAUUU